GCUCAGUGACACAGUAUCUUAGCCUACCCUGCAGCCUCGAGUCGAGGGCGUUCGGGGCAGCUAUUCGAGGUAUUCUGCACACACAAUUCACAAUGAAGCCAUGCCGGCGAUUCCAUCACGACCCGAACACGUCCAAUUCGAGUAUUUAUCCUGUGCUAGGUCGCUGCACUGGCUAUUCAGUUCAAUAAGCGUAAGGUGUGAAGAAGCCAGAUCUCCACCCUGAACAGCGAGUAAUAGCCCGCUUCCUGGCCGUUUCAACAAGCGGCGCAGGAAUUCCUCCAAUUUGCUAUUUACACUGAAGCGCUGUGCCGGCUUGGUCUAAAUCACUGUGCCAGAAAAAGAACCCUGGUUAAUAGGACUCGUUGGCAAACACGAUCGACUUCUACUAGUUCUAGCGCUUGAUUCGUGUAGCCGCUUUCUGACAUUUCGUGAGCUACAAUCUUAGAGCCUUGUCCCGUUUGCGAGGCUAAGACGAGGGGAGCGCAGAGCCGAUUGGUCACACUCAGUUAAUACCUUACUCACGUCCUUAGCACUGGAACAGUGGUGGAUUGAACAGGAUCGCUCGUUGACCUCUCCGCUCAGGGACAUCAUAGCUUUCGAUAGCCGAUCAAGGCUUGUAGCAGGGCCGCGCGAGCACUAGAAAAUCGCACCAAACAUUACGAUACCAAGAUAGCUAGCACUGGAACUGCCUUGCUUGCUGCAUACUCCCACUGUCCCAGUAGGUGUCGAGCUGCCCAGUCCAAAAGUGGUCAUUCACCGACGCUGCCAAGCCGCGGACGGAACGGUAUCAGCAAAAUCUUUCGCGACACGCGGCACCACCAGGUCCCUACUGUGAGCGCCGCGAGGGCCAGAGUGUCACACACGCUGGCUCAUACACCGUCUAUUGUUCAAGCCUGUGACGAGGAGAGAGAGAGAUUGAGGGAGAGCCGAGCGGGUUGAUCAGGCGAUCUGGGACCAGCAUUGGCCUGCACCUUUGUAUACAUCACUGAAGCAGCAGCAGCAGCAGCGGCGGCGAUACAAACUGAAAACUGAAAACGCUUACUCCACCAGCCAGUCAGUCACUCCUGCACUGCAGCAAUUAUAUAAACAGACGCGCCUCUUCAGUGGCUCACUCAGAACGAGAUAGACCUGCUGACGAGCAGUCAUUUCCCGCACAGUGCCCAAGCAGAGAGUCCAAGUACACGAGAGGGAGAAGAAAGAGUGGCUGAGAGGGCCUGCUUCAAACCUAGUCAACGCCCUGUUUUUCUCAGUGUUACGUACAAUCAACCACAGAGAAUCAGAAUCAUUGCCUCCUCUCCUGUCCUAAACAUGGGUUCAGUAAAAGUAAUUCUUCUCGGUGUGCUCGCCGUGAAUGUGUUGUUGCUGAGAUUAGUCGAAGCAUCGGAGAAUGCGCCCGUAAAAACAUUCCGUAGCUGUAGAAAGCUGUUCCGAGAGAGACCCGGAUGCUGCUUACUGACGACGGAUCCUGAGUCGCUGGACCGCUGUGUUGCUCAGCGAAGCGACGGGGGUCCUGCUGAUGGCGACGGACAGUGCCUGUGUCAUCCGGCCUGUACUGGGCUGCAGAACUGCUGUCCGGAUUUCGAGAACAUCUGCCCCCAGCCAGGUAAUCGCCUGCAAGCAUGGUGCCCGGCGCAGUACCUCGAGGAGAUGUUCGUGGACGACGUGGCCUCUGCCAAUGACGGAGACGACACCGUUCACGGCCGAGACAGCCUGAAGCGACGCAAGGGCAAGAAGUCCGUCUGGGAGAAGCGCAUCGCGCGCAACCGCUUUCCCUGGCACAGACUGCACUACAGCAUCCGCACGGGUGGUUACAAGCCGGAGAAUGCGCCGCGUGUAGUGCACGAGAACGAUCCAGAGGGUUUGCCCGACGCCAACCGUCCGAACUUCACCGACGACGGUUACAGCCUAUCACCGCUCAUGUCCCAGCAGCAGAAUCAAGAGUCUGUGUCCCGCCACGGCAUACAGCAGCAGAACGGUAACGGCCAGGGUGACGAAUGGGCGCGAGUACAGGGAAAGGAGAGGCGCGAUUGGCCAUGGUCGGCAAUCGGCAGAAUCGUCUACAACCACUACCCGCUGUUUCUCGAUGAGCCGGUUCAGGGCGCGUGCACUGGUUCAAUGAUCGGCCCGCGGCACGUACUGACGGCAGCACACUGCCUGUUCGACAGGGAAACACGCACGUGGCACGAGCAGAUCAGUUUCUAUCCGACUCUGACCAACUCCACCAGCUCGUACGACCAAGAACCAAUCGGUUGGCAGAGGAUAACUGUGCCGUACGCGUACAAGGUGCUUGGACUCAAGGAAUAUGAUUACGGUCUCAUUGUUCUGAACGAGGAGGUUGGCAACUGGCUAGCCUUCGGUGCCGAGCAGAGUCCAGUGACGCAGAAGCUGGAGCUGGUCGGCUUCGAUCGGUUCUCGCUGUGGCGCAACGAUAACUGCACGUUCCUGCCCACAACCGAACGGCCCUCGCCCGGCCACGGCAAGGGGCACUUCUCCAUAACGGGGCACAACUGCUCGGCCCGACCCGGAAUGAGCGGAGCACCGCUGCUCAACGCACAGCGUCUCGCCCAGCCCGAGGGAAAUCACCUCGAGGCACGGAAACAAUCCGAUCGGGUCAUCUACGCGAUACACACGCACGGCACGGCCGCACCCACGGUACGCAGCCAUCACGGCGGCCGGGCGCUGCGGAUCAACUUGUGUGUCUUUCACACGCUCUGCGGCUGGCUCAAUUACAGGGACAACCGUGCCGGUUCGUUGCGUUUCCAGCGCCUGGACGACAUCUUCAGGCGCUCACUCGGUCGCAGCUGCACCGCCAUGAGUGACUUCAUUCCCUCGCUGAUCCGACACAAUGGACCACAGCUAUCUGGGGGACAGAGCUUAUCGUGAGAAUGUCGUUAUGUAUGCGCGGCGAGGUCUGUGCGCGAUUACAGCAGCCGCUUCCUCUGUGCGUGUAUGUGUGUGUGUGUGUGUGUGUGUGUGUGUGUGUGUGUGUGUGUGUGUGUGUGUGUGUGUGUGUGUGCUCCGUGUUGUCCAGUAGUUCAGAGUAAGGACUGCCCCAUGCGCAAACCCUCUAUUGAGACCUAAUGAUCUGAAGAUAUAUUUUUCCAGGCCUAUAUUUCCCCCCAUCGAUCGAUCUCCUUAUCAUAACUGCCCCCCCCCCCCCCCCCCGCCAUGCAGCCAACAUGAACAAUGUACAUACGAACCAGAACAGUUUUAUUAUACAGCAACUGCAGACUGCGCCGCAUUGACCAUUCCUCUUCUAAGUUGAUGUUAAUUUUAUCACGACCAAUUAGCGAUUACCAAUAGACCGGACAUGCCAUGCUAGUUUGAAUGGACAUCGUAACCAUAGCCACACCAGAGCAGUUAUUACAAAGCACCAAGUGAGCGUCUUGCAUAACAAUACCCAUCUUCCUGCAGCUGAACAAUUUGCGCGAUGCUGUCCGGUAUGGCCGUGAUACGAGGCUCACGUCGCACGCUAGUAUGCACUGUUCAAACGGUUGCAACCGCCCCACCCCAUGCAAGUACGCUGCCAUCGCCUUGCUAUUCACAGAUAGCAAGCUUCCAAUAUCUAUUUCUAUAUUAUGAUCAUCUGCUAGCCUACAGGCAGCGUGAUACCACUAGUUGAACAUACCCAGUACAUGGAAAGAAACUUGAGAUUCUACUACUACUGCAGUACAAUGAUGCUGUCACUCGUGAUGAAUGUAGGGUGUGCUUACCAUGUA